GGCGCCAACGGUGUCCGGCGCGGCGUUCGCGCGCGUUCCCCGUCCUGAGCGCCGAAAUAGCUGCCGGCGCGCCGGCUGUGUCUCACUGCUGGUCAGGGGCGCGUCACGCGUCCGCCGCGAGCAGCCUCUGCGUGACCUGGAACAAGCCUUUCCUGAGGGCGGCCGCGCCACACCCGGGGGAGGACGCUCUCGAUCCCUCAGACCCAUUCGUCUCCUGCCGGGACGCGGCUGACGGGCACCGGAAAAAUGAAUACUGGACAAGACCGCGUAGUUGCUCUAGUAGACAUGGACUGUUUUUUUGUUCAAGUGGAGCAGCGGCAAAAUCCUUAUUUGAAGAAUAAACCUUGUGCAGUAGUACAGUACAAAUCAUGGAAAGGUGGUGGAAUAAUUGCAGUCAGUUAUGAAGCACGUGCAUUUGGGGUGACUAGAAACAUGUGGGCAGAUGAUGCCAAGAAGUUAUGUCCAGAUCUCCUCCUGGCACAAGUUCGAGAGUUGCGUGGGAAAGCUAAUCUAACCAAGUAUCGGGAAGCCAGUGUUGAAGUAAUGGGGAUAAUGUCCCGAUUUGCUGUGAUUGAACGUGCCAGCAUUGAUGAGGCUUAUGUAGACCUGACUGGUGCUGUACAAGAGAGACUGAAGAAGCUACCAGGUCACCCUAUCUCAGCUGACAUGUUGCCGACCACGUACAUUGAAGGGUCACCUCAAAGCCCUCCAACAGCAAAAGGGGCUGUUCAGAAAGAGGAGAGACGGAAACAAGGCUUACUGCAGUGGCUUGAUUCUCUUCAAAUUGAGAACCCCACCUCUCCAGAUCUGCAGCUCACCGUGGGAGCAGUGAUUGUGGAGGAAAUGAGAGCAGCCAUCGAGAAGGAGACUGGUUUUCAGUGUUCAGCUGGAAUUUCACACAAUAAGGUUUUGGCGAAACUGGCCUGUGGACUAAACAAGCCUAAUCGUCAGACACUGGUCUCACAGGGAGCAGUCCCGCAGCUCUUCAAUCAAGUGCCUAUUAGCAAAAUCCGUAGUCUUGGAGGAAAGCUUGGGGCUUCUGUCGUUGAAGUUCUAGGAGUAAAAUACAUGGGUGAACUAACUCAGUUCACUGAAUCCCAGCUCCAGAGUCAUUUUGGGGAAAAGAAUGGAUCAUGGCUAUAUGCCAUGUGUCGUGGGAUUGAACAUGAUCCAGUUAAAUCCAGGAAACUACCCAAAACCAUUGGUUGCAGCAAGAACUUUCCAGGAAAAACGGCUCUUGCUACCCAGGAGCAGAUACAAUGGUGGCUUUUGCAAUUAGCCCAGGAACUAGAAGAGAGACUCACCAAGGAUCGAAAUGAUAAUGACAGGGUGGCCACUCAGUUGGUUAUAAGCAUCCGUGUACAAGGAGACAAACGUCUUAGCAGCCUGCGCCGCUGCUGUGCCCUCACCCGCUAUGAUGCUUCCAAGAUGAGCAGUGAUGCCUUUGCUCUCAUCCGAAACUGUAAUACAUCAAGAAUCCAGACUGAAUGGUCCCCUCCUCUCACGAUGCUUUUUCUCUGUACCACCAAAUUCUCUACCUCUGCUGCUCCUUCCUGCACAGACAUCACUACCUUCUUGAGCAGUGACUCAAGUUCUCAGCUAAAGAGUUCUGAAGUCAAGACCCCAGGAAGUGGCCCAGCGGUGACAUCUAACAAGAAAGCAGUCAGUUCUCUGGAAUCAUUCUUCCGCAAAGCUGCAGAAAGGCAAAAAAUCAAAGAAACUUCCCUUUCGUCACUGACUGCCACCACCCAGACUGCCAUGAGUGAUCCACCAUCUGAGCCCUUACCGCCUUUCCAAACCAGCCUCGCUGCAGAAGCUGUACCCUCCUUCAAUCAGAAAAGUCUGAAUAACCCUUCCGUAGUCAUCCUUGCCCAGAGUGUGUUGUCUGGCCCUACUGUGCCUACAGACUGUUUUCCAGCAGAGAAUCCAGGUUGUGUUCCUGUCAGUGAAGAGCUGCUCAAGCCAGGCCCCUCUAAAGCAACUCCUGCAGAGAUGAGCUUGGUCCUGAAUAGCCCAGGCACACUUGCUUCAGAUUCCAAGUUGGCUCCGGCAGUAGCUCCAAAGGCAGCUACUCCCCCACAUCUUGCAACUGCUGAGGACCAAGUGCCCUGUGAGAAGUGUGGCGCUCUGAUACCUGUGUGGGAGAUGCCGGAACAUGCCGACUAUCAUUUUGCAGUUGAGCUGCAGAAAUCUUUUUGGCGACCCCCCUCCUCAGCCCCCCAGGCAGUUCCUACCAGUUCUCCUCAGAAAAGAACUCCUAAGAGUCCUUUGGCCUCUAGUAAUAAACGUCCAAGGCCUCAGGGGAUGCAGACAUUGGAAUCAUUUUUCAAGCCAUUAACACACUAGCAUUGCCCUCAGGCUUGCUGCAAAGUCCUAAUAUUCUAAAAUUUAAAAAUUCAACUCUGCACUUCUUAAAGGAUAUUCAUAACUAUAAAUAUUUGAAUUUUAGGAUUCUGAAUGCUUAUGAAAAUUCAUUGAAUUUUUAUCCCUUGAGGAUAAAAUCUAGAUUGUUCACAUCAUAGUUGCUAAUAUGCUCUGAAACUAUGAAUGUUUUUUAAUUUUUUGUUUGAUUUCGGGCCACACUGACAGUACUCGGGAAUUACUCCUGGCUCUGAACUCAGGAAUUACUCCUUGUCAGAGAUCAAAUCCAGGUUGACUGCAUGCAAGACAAGCACCCUACCCACUGUACUUGCUCUCUGGCCCCUAAAACUCUGACAUUUUUAAUUGAAAAAAAGUUUACAUUAGAUGAAUUAAAGAACUCAUCUCUUCACAGGCUGGAUUCAAAUCCCAUUGCCAAUUGAGAUGUGAAAAUUUUUAUCUUUAUUUUUUUUAUUUUUUAUUUUUUUUGCUUUUUUGGGUCACACCCAGCGAUGCUCAGGGGUUACUCCUGGCUUUGCACUCAGGAAUUACUCCUGGCGUGCUUGGGGGACCAUAUGGGAUGCCGGGGAUUGAACCCGGGUCGGCCGCGUGCAAGGCAAACGCCCUACCCGCUGUGCUAUCACUCCGGCCCCAGAAAAUUUUUAUCUUUAGAGAUACAAUUGCUUUGAAAAAAAAAGUUUAAGUUUAGAAAAAAAAUUGGAGAGCUAUAUCUGGCAGUGCUCAGGGAUUACUCCCAGUAUUGUGCUCACGGGACCAUGGAAUGCUGGGAAUUGAACUUUGACCUCCCACUGGCAAAGGGAAUCCUUUGAGCUCUCUGGAUCCUGUGUUUUGUUUUUAUUUUCGGGUUGGCAGCGUGCAAGGCAAGCUCCUUACCUCUCCACCCCAUUCUCUUUCUGGCUGCCUCCUCCUGGAGAUCUCUGAGCACUGGGCCAGUAGUAAGCUCUAAGCACUGCCAGGUAUGGCCCAAAAACAAACAAAAAAUAGGGUGAGAUCUAGGCCAAAUUGAGUCACUUUCCUCAUUUGAGAAUAAUGCCUUAAAUGGAAAAGAUUGAGAAAGAUGUUUUUAGGGUUGAGGAUAUUCCAGAGGUGAAGCAUAUUUCUCAUGUGUAUAAGGCCCCAAGUUUGAUUAUCCCACCACAAAAGGAAAACAAACAAUGGUGUACUUUUAAAGUUGGCACUGAAAGAGAACUGAGUAAAAAAAAGUCAACCAAAAAAAAAAAAAAAUCCUUCCAGCUCUGUGACUGGGCUGGUUUAGUAUUAAUCUUUUUUUUUUUUUAAUUGAAUCACCGUGAGAUAGUUACAAAGCUUUCAUGAUUGAGUUUCAGUCAUACAAUGAUUGAAUACCCAUCCCUCCACCAGUGUACAUUUUCCACCACCAAUGCCACCAAUGUUCCCAAUAUCCCUCCCUCUACCCGCACCUUAUCCCACCCCUGCCUCUGUGGCAGGCACCUUUAUUCUUACUCUCUACUUCUGAGCAUUAUGGUUUGCUAUACAGAUACUGAGAGGCCAUCAUGGUUAGUCCUUUGUUUAUUUUCAGCAUACCUCCCAUCCUGAGCAGUCCUUCCAACCAUCCUUGACUUAGUGGUCCCUUCUUCAUCCUAACUGCCUUCUCCCCCAGCACAUGAGGCAGGCUUCCUGCCAUGGAGCAAUCCAACAAGCCCUUGUCUCUACUGUCCUUGGGUGUUAGUCUCAUACUGUUAUUUUAUAUUCCAUAGUAUUAAUAUUCGACCAAACUGUAAGCCUUGAAACCCUGAAGUGACAUGACUAAUUUUGGGCAGGUUCCUGUACACAGAAGCUAUUCAUUAAAUACUGAAUUUCAUACCACUAAA